UAUUAAUGCAAUAUAACUUAUCACCUAUAAUCUGUACUUUUUUAUUUUAAAAAUGGCUGCUUUAGAGAGUGCAUUCUUAAAAAUUAGUGAAGAUUAUUUCGAGUGUGCGAUCUGUUUUGAGCAAUGGAUUUAUAGGAACCCGCGAGUGUUUCCCUGCCAACAUACUUAUUGUGGUAUAUGUAUUGAUGAAUUAUGGAAGAGUUGUAAUCAGGCGAUUUCUAUUUCUUGUCCUCUGUGUAAGAAAUUAGUAAAUUGGCCUAACGAAGGUGUAGAUGGAUUUCCGAAGAAUUUGGUUGCGUCUAAUAUUUAUUUACCUGAGAAAGAUGAUAAGAAAUCAAUGUGUAAAAAGCAUGAAAAAGAGAUAAUCUUCGUCUGUAAAGAUUGCUUUGAUGAGAAAAUCUGUCAAGGCUGUAUCACAGAUCAUUCAGCUCAUAAUUUACUUACUUUAGAUAAUUAUAUAAGAGAUGGAAAAAUGUAUCAUGGAUGUCACAAGAUCAAUAAUAUAUUAAAGUCUCUUCAUCAAUACCAAAGAAAUGUUAUUGCUAAAGAUAGUUAUCUUCUUAAGGAGUUACCAUCAACUAUAUGUUGUAUAAUUGAAGAGAAACAAACAGCAAAUAUAAAGAAGUUAGAGAUGAUUAAAAAAUGUAUUUCAAGAAUUACUACUUUUAUUCAAUUAAAGGAAAAUUUUAACGAUGAAGAAUUGAAUGAUACAAGUCAAAUAUUAGAAAAAAUAGAGAAUAUUUUACCGAAUGUAGACAAUUUAGAUUUUAAAAAUAACGAAUACGAAGGAAAAUUAUUUAUGAAUUUAAAGAAUAUGCUUUUAUCAAAGGAGCUAAACGAUCCUAAAAAUGUUAAUUUGAACUAUGCAGAAUUAUUACAGAAUUUUGAUAAGAUUCUCACAUCAGAUAUCUUAUAUAAGAUAUCAAAAAAUCUAUCUUCCAUAGAUUAUUUACAUUUCAGCUCUGAGCGGUCUAUUAAUAUUCAGAAUAUUGUUGAGAUAUUUUCAGUAUGUUCUCAUUCUGAUGGUUUUAUCUAUAUGGGUGUUUAUGCACAAAAUACACUCAAAUGGGCAUGGUUAGGUUAUUUAGAUAAUAAAAGAAGUUUUGCUAUUUGGAAAGUUAAUGAAAAGACUCUAAAACCGGUAAAAAAGUUCCAAUUAAAUGAAUUACCUAAUAGUAUUAUUGAACAUAACAGAGAACUUUACGUAGGUUUUAAAAGUUCCGUUCAGACUUUGAAUGAGUCAUUAGAAAUUGUUCUAAAAAGGAAGAAUAUACUUCAUUCAAUAAGGCAAGUUAUACCAAAUGAUAAAAAUUCAUUAAUAUUCAGCACAAAUAAUUCUAUUGAAAAGUUAAGUUUUAACGAAAGUGAAUCGAGCAAAACAAGGAUCAAAACGCUAUUGAAUUCUGUUCAUUUUAAUGGUCAAAUAUGUAAUUGGAAGGAGAAUUCAUUAGCUCUUCUUGUUGGAAGUAAAUUAAUAAUAUACAAACCAGAAAAGGAAAUAAUCAAAACAAUAGAGUUAAGGAAUCAAAUAUACUUUAAUAGAAAAGUAUUAUUUUCGUCAAUUCUAUCAAUAAAUAAUGAUUUUUUAGUCAUUUCCGAAUAUAAUUCAAAGACUUUAACGAUAUUCUAUAACGUUGAAGAUGAACCGCAAAUCUAUAAAUUGGAUGUUAGACCACGUAAAAUUUGGCAUAUAGAAAGUAGAAAAGAAAUUUGGAUAAAUAACGGAGUUAACAAGCUAAUUGCUUUAUCCUAUGCCCACUAAACUAGAAAAGAGAGUAGAUUCUGUCCCUGAUUUAUUAUGAUUCUGUUUUUUUAAAGAAAAUACAAUUAAUUAAAUACUA